CAUCAUCACACCGAGCGUGACCUAACACGGAGGAAGACAGGCACCCCCACAAGCACAAUCAUCGCUUCUCAAAGGAUUUAUUCUGCUGUGCACGUGCUCGUCUUGCUCGCUGCGCUGCUGUUCUACCGGACGUACUACAGCCCCACCAACAACGAGCGCCGCAACACCAUGUCGGUCGAAAUGACUCCCGAGGCCGCGGCCAAGUUCAAAAUGUUUGAGGACAAGAUGAAGGCGGAAAACCUGAGCGCUGCGGCCAUCCUGGCGUUCAAGAACUCUUACGCUGCGCUGUCCUCUGGAUCGUCCGGUAUGAUCGAGGAAGCUUCCAUCGAUCCCGCCACCGAUGUACCGUACCUCGAGGGCGACAUCAAGGGCAAGGUCACCGGGGGCGAGGCUUAUCUGCCGGAAACCGUGGUGCUGAAGCUCAACGGCGGCCUGGGUACGUCCAUGGGACUCGACAAGGCCAAGUCGCUCCUCCCGGUGAAGGGGGACGACAGCUUCCUUGACCUCACCGCCAAGCAGGUGAUGGAGAUGCGCAAGACCUUCAAGAGCAACGUCCGGUUCAUGCUCAUGAACUCCUUCAGCACCUCCGAGGACACUCUGGAGUUCCUCAAGAAGUACCCGGAGCUUGCCAACGACCCCAACCUUGAGCUCGUGCAGAACAAGGUCCCAAAGGUGGAUGUGAACACGAUGGAGCCUGCGGCGUGGCCCGCGAACCCGGCGAAGGAGUGGUGCCCUCCCGGACACGGGGACCUCUACGCCGCGCUCUCCGGCUCGGGCAAGCUUGACGAGCUGCUGGCAGAGGGGAUCAAGUACAUGUUCGUGUCUAACUCGGACAACCUGGGCGCUACCCUUGACCUCGACCUAUUGGCGUACUUCGCCACCAGCGACAAACCUUUCCUCAUGGAGUGCUGCGAGCGGACGGAGAGCGACAAGAAGGGAGGGCACUUGGCCAAGCGCAAGGCGGAUGGGCAGUUCAUCCUGCGAGAGUCGGCGCAGUGCGCGAAGGAGGACGAGUCGGACUUCCAGGACACGGACAAGCACAAGUUUUUCAACACCAACAACCUCUGGGUCCGGUUGGACAAGCUUAAGGAGGCGAUCGACGCGUCCGGGGGCCUGAUCCCUCUGGCGAUGAUAAAGAACGGAAAGACUGUCGACCCGCAGGACGACACCUCUCCCAAGGUGUUCCAGCUGGAGACGGCGAUGGGCGCGGCGAUCGAGUGCUUCAAGGGCGCCGGGGCGGUGGCGGUGCCGCGGACCCGUUUCGCCCCGGUGAAGAAGUGCAACGACCUCUUCCUCCUCCGGUCGGACGCCUACGUGGUCAACGAGCACUACAACAUCGUACUCGCCCCGGAGAGGAACGGAGUCGCUCCCGUGGUCUCCCUGGACGCGAAGAAGUACAAGCUGGUGCAGCAGCUCGACGCCGCCAUGACGUCUGGGACUCCCAGCCUCAUCGGCUGCGACCGCCUGACGGUGUCAGGAGACGUGCAGAUGGCGGGCAGCACCGUAUUCAAGGGGACGUGCAGCGUGGUCAACAAGUCCGGGGAGAGCAAGGUGCUACCUCCCGGAGAGUACGCCGACGCCUCCAUCGACCUGUCCGAGGCCGAGGGAUUGGGCGCUCUUGCGGUGACCUCUGUGCCUUCCGCCCCGAUCGACGGGCAGAAGCCGGGGACUUCGGGCCUCCGAAAGCCAACGAAGACCUUCAUGAAGGACCCCUACCUGCACAACUUCGUCCAGUCGACGUUCGACGCCCUCAAGGGCACCGGCACCGACGUGACCCAGGGCACGCUGCUCAUCGGCGGGGACGGGCGGUACUUCAAUGACAAGGCCAUCCAGAUCAUUAUCAAGAUCGCGGCUGCCAACGGCGUGACCCGGAUGUGGGUCGGCCAGGACGGUCUGCUGUCUACCCCGGCGGCGUCGGCCGUCAUCCGUGAGCGCGGGCCGGAGUCCCAGAAGGCCUUCGGGUGCUUCAUCCUUACCGCGAGCCACAACCCCGGCGGCCCGGACGAGGACUUCGGCAUCAAGUACAACUGCGAGAACGGUGGCCCCGCCCCUGAGAAGCUGACCAACCUCAUCUACGAGAACACGCGCACGAUCUCGUCGUACAAGUCGUGCGAGGCCUUCCCAGAGGUUGACGUGAAGGCCAUCGGCGCCACGGAAGUCAAGGCGGCGGGCGGCGCCCGCUCGGUGACCGUGGACGUGGUGUCCGCCACCGACGAGCACGUGGGGCUCCUCAAGACCAUCUUCGACUUCUCGGCGAUCAAGGCCCUGCUGGCCCGCGAGGACUUCAGCCUGCUCUACGACUCCAUGCACGGCGUGCAGGGCCCUUACGCGAAGGCGGUGUUCGUUGACGAGCUCGGGGCAGACCCGUCUUGCCUGUCCAACGCCACGCCCAAGGACGACUUCGGCGGGGGGCACGCAGACCCGAACCUCACGUACGCCAAGGACCUGGUGAAGGCUAUGGGCCUGACCAACAAGGGGGCCAAGGACCCCGAGAGUGAGGGCAAGAAGGUGCCGUCUUUCGGAGCAGCGGCGGACGGCGACGCGGACCGCAACAUGAUCCUCGGCGACCGGUUCUUCGUGACCCCCUCGGACUCGGUGGCCAUCAUCGCGGCACAGGCCAACUGCAUCCCGUACUUCAAGUCCAAGGGCGGGCUCAAGGGGGUGGCCAGGUCCAUGCCGACGUCCGGCGCCCUCGACCUCGUCGCCAAGAAGAUGAACAUCAACUUCUUCGAGACACCGACGGGAUGGAAGUUCUUCGGGAACCUCAUGGACAGCAAAGAACUCGGAGGACAAGACUUUUCGCCGUUCAUCUGCGGCGAGGAGAGCUUCGGGACGGGCUCGGACCACGUGCGGGAGAAGGACGGCAUGUGGGCCGUCCUAGCGUGGCUGAGCAUCCUUGCCGACUUCAACAAGGACCCCGCUCAGAAGCUCGUUACCGUGGAGGACAUCGUGCGCCAACACUGGGCAACGUACGGCCGUAACUACUACACGCGCUACGACUACGAGGGGGUCUCGGCUGAGAGCGCCAACAAGAUGAUGGACCACAUGCGCUCGCACUUCGCGGAGUGGACCGAUGCUGAGAUGGACGGGUUCUCGAUCGCGAAGGCCGACGAGUUCGAGUACAAGGACCCCGUCGAUGGCUCCGUUGCCUCGAGGCAAGGCAUCCGCAUCCUCAUGUCCGACGGCUCGAGGGUAGUGUUUCGGCUCAGCGGGACUGGGUCUGUCGGCGCCACAAUUCGCAUGUACAUCGAGAAAUACGAGAAGGACGAGGAUAAGUUGGACCAGGUGCCGUCGGAAGCCCUGUCGGGCUUGGUCGCCCUCGGCCUGAAGCUGUCCCAGCUCAGGGAGCUCACGGGCCGCGAGAACCCCACCGUCAUCACGUAACAAGGCUACAAGCGCGAGUCCGGCAGUCGGGGCGCGCUGGAAAAUACGUGCCUCGUACCUACAUCGCACCCUCCCUGACGCUUCCCCAGCCUGUUUUCCGUGCGCUCUUUGUCUGAUUUUCGGUUGAUGUCACCGACAUUGUCGACGAAGUGCGGUUUCGAUGGCUCAGACGUGUCUCCUUGAGAGGGUUGAAGGGUUGGUGCAAGGUCUGCGUGGAUUCCUGUGGCGCGUGAUUCUGCUGGUCGAGCCCUAUUUCGGGCGGUCGAACGACCUCGGGUGACAGUUUCGCCGGGGGUGUCUCGUUGUGUGAGGGAUUUGUGUGUAGUUGUAAUCCGAAGGUCCCCGUGUGUGACCGCAGCACCGUAAUGUUUGGUGGCUGUUUCGUGUCUAGUGUUUCGGUGUGCCUUCUGUCUGCUCGCAAGCGAUUCGACCUUUAUUUUGGUGUUAAUGCGACUUGCUUGAAAGGGGCGACCUGUGGAGGGCGAGGCUGCUUCGUGAUUCCUCUCCCCCGCGCCUUUUGGCAACUUUGGGAACCUCGGUUCGCCGAAAAAAACGUCUCCACGUUGGGUCCAGCCCGAUCGAUUCCUUGGGCUAAGCCAACCGUACGGUUGUGGCUUGUGUGACAUUUUGAGGGCGCACUUAAGACUCGGCGAUGGGGGCCUCUCUUGCAUCCACCGACGUUUUGAGCCCCCUUUCGCGUACGUGUGGUGUUCGUUGUCGAGAAUGAGACGAAGCCUGUGAUGCGGACCGGUUCAUCGGCGGUGUCAGUUGUGUCCGGACCAUAAACCGUGGUUGUGUUGUUGUUAGUUGUGGUCGUCCGCGUUAGGAAAAACCGUUACGGUGCCCUCUCUAAGGUGUCCAAUCAUGAACAUGCGUGUUCACCCGACCAGUUUUUGCAUGAGAGCAGCGGAAGGCAGCGCUUCCUGCAGCUGUUACUACUACCCUAUGGGCCUCUCAUCGUUGGUUUGCUGUGUCUUCAACAUCAGCAUCACGGGUUGUUGGUAUGUCCGUACUUGGGA